GACAGUCGCCGCUGCUUCGUUCGUGGGAGGAGACGCGCUCGUGCUCAAACUCGGCCAAACUCCCAGCAUGCACUGCAUCCUUCAGAACGGCUGCUGGUCCUGACGUGGUCUGGCACAGAAUCCAGUCUGUGGGAGUCGCGUUCAUCCUGAUGUGCGUUCGCACCCACUGCAGAGUCUCAGGUCGAGAGCUGCCAUUAGGAAUCAUCAGCUGAGAAAACAGCCAAGUCUGGAUGAGCUUUUAUGAAGUUCAUUAACGGCCAUGAAGCGAAGGCUGCUUCCAUCGUCAUGAACAGAGAAGAUCAAACCAAGAGAGACGGACGCCGGAGUCGCUGUGAGAUGAGUUCUGUGCAGCUGUUCCUGGAUCAGGUCAAACCUGGAAGCGAAGCCGAGUCCAUGUGGCUGAAGGACAUGUUCAGCUUCAUCACGCAACAUGUGUGUUCAGUAAGCCCCGCCCCUCACGCCACAGGUGAGUCACUAACAGAGGGAGAGCCGUUUGGUUGGAGUGUGUCUCUGAGUGUGACGGUGGUGAAGAAGAUUCAGGACAACAUGGACGUCUCCCACACUUUACCUGUCAGCUACAGGCCCGUAUCUGUCUCCGAGCUGCUCUCCCAACAGAACCUGCCCUGUGUGAGUCGUCUGUCCUGGACGACCAAUCAGCAGCGAGUCUGGGCUAAAGAGGCGGAGCUCUCUCUGCCAGGUAGCAAGGCUCUGCCACGGGUGAACCUGCUGCUGAUUGGCUGUCUGACGCCAGGGGAUGAUGGGCACUGGAGGCUGACUGACGGCAGCGGCAGCGUCCGGUGUGAGCUCCUGUCUCCUUCUCCACUGUGGCUCAAUCGACUCGUCUUCCUUCCUCACUGGAACUACAUCCCCCACAAUGCCCCAGGGCAGCAAGCACACAUGGGCUGUGUGGAGCUGAUUGGUUCCCCUGUGCUGCUGAGUCCUGGACCUGAGCUGAUACUGGCUGGUGCUGUGGGAAGAGGGGGGCUGAGUAAAGUGAUGGGCGUCAGAGAAGCUGCAGGUGUGGUGCAGCGCAGGAUCAGAGGACAGCGAGUGUCUGUCAGUGGACGAGUGGGUUCUGUUUGUCCUGUUCUGGUCGUGUCAGGAACCACCUUCUUCUGCUUCACGCUGACAGAUGACGGACACUCGCUCCCUGUCCUGGUUAAGGACGUCGGCAGGUUGUGGUGGUGUCAGUGUGUGUGUGUGGGUCAGAGCGUGUGCGUCACUGCGCUGCGUGUGUGUGUCCUGCGAGGCUGGAGAGGAAACAACAUCCUGUGUGUGACCGACCAGUCAGAAAUACACACAGACUACACACGGACACACACACCUGAGAAUGAAAACCACACACACCACAACACUGAGACUCAGUCACAGUCGGACACGCCUCCUCCUCUGAUGAUGUCACACAGCUGUGAGGAAGUGGAGUCUGAGACUCUGACUGUCCAAUCAGGAGUCCGGCUGAAAGAGUCUAGACUCAUCAGUUACCAGGGUACUGUGACUCAGGUGGUCAGUGAAGGGGCGGGGCUUUUCACACUUGACGGGCAGGUGGGUCUGUGCUUGGCCUAUCAGCCGAGUCCCAGGAGGAAACUGAGAGUAGGAGACAAAGUGGAGCUCCACCACGUCCACUUCCUGUAUCGGCCUUGUCCCGACUUUCCUCCCACAAUCCUCUGUACCUGCCUGCGCUCCAGCCUUCGAGUCACAGAGUUCAGCAGGGUGGGAAACCCUCCACCCAGCCUCAGCUGUCCAGGCGAUGGAGCGUUACCACGGUUACUACUGGAGAAGAGCGUGGGUGUGUCUGAGUACCUGUGGACGUGUCACCUGAGCUCACAGCUGUCACGUAGCCUGGUUCCCACUGGGCCCAGCCAGCAGUGUGUGUGUGCGCUGUCCUGGAAGCUGAUGGAGUUUAUAUGGAGACGGGGAGGAGGAAGGAGAGACAUCUACUCAGAGAUGCUGGACGAGCCCCACACCUGUCCUCUGACUCAGUACCUGGUGAACCCUGCAGUCCAUCAGUGCAUCGGUCUCUCUGAGCUCAGUCAGUCUCUACUGUCCGACUGCUGGUCUUCGGCCGCUCUACGUUCUCUGCUGCCUCCUGGUGGAUCCAAUCUGACCAGACCUGAGAUCAACUCAGCUCUGGCCUGGUCCAGCAGCACCCUGAACUCUGACCCACAGACUGGAGCCAGCCUCAGACAGCGCCCCCUGCUGGUGGUUGGAGUGUUGGAGCUUCCCUCACACACAUCUGAGCACAAACACACUCUGCAGCUCAGAGAUGAAACAGGAGUUGUGUCCUGUGUCGUGACGGAAACAGACGAGGGGGGUCAGAAAGCAGCUUUUAACACCGCCUGGAUCGGUUGUCUGGUGUGUGUCCAUCAGUUCACAAUGGUAUUAGAGAGAUUCCUCCAAUCAGAUUUCCCCUCAUACCAACACCUGGACCAGGACAAGUUCAUCACACACAAAAACUGCAGAGUUUACCUGCAGUUUUGCCUGGAUCACCUGCACAUCCUGAGCCCAUCAGUUGCCAUGACAACACACCUGCAACACAGGGGUAUGGGGUCAGAGAAGAAACAAACAGUAGUUAAAGAAAAGGAUGGAGUACAGACUGUGACGAGGAAGAGAAGAAACAAAGAACGAGACUCCUCUGUUACCAUGGCAACCCGGCCCUGUGUUUCCAUAGUGAUCAGGGUGGAACAGAAAGAGGGUGGGACCUGGACCAACACAGGGAUGGGGUUAAAGGAACAGGAGGUGGGACUGACACAAAGCUUCUUGGUCAGAGCUGCUCUGAUUGGGCCAGUGGUGAAAUGGGGGCGGGACCCAAAGAACGAACCAAUGACAGGCAGAGAAACAGAAGGAGGAGGAGGAAGAGAGCAGGUGGUGCUGCUGUUCUCUGGGCCGUCUGCUCGCUGGUUCCCUCUGCUCCAGCCCGGAUGCGUCUACAGAGUGGUUGCUGUCAACACUCAGGAUCCCAGUGUCCUCAUUGGUUCUGGUGUUUGUGGACAGAAGGAGGUGGAGCUUCACACUGAUUCUAUGCUGGAGAUCAGACCUGACUGGAGACUCCACAGUCUGACACACACACAGAUGGUCUCGUCUUCAGUUCUGUCUGUCUCUGAGGUUCUGGACUCCAGUUCAGAGCUGGUGAGUUUUCAGGGUGUGGUUUCUGACAAGGUCAUUCUGAGAGAGCCUGGACCCACUGACACAGGUAUGAGCACACACACACACACACACACACACACACACAUUCAAGUGAUCCAGUGUGCUAACUUUUUAGUGUGUGUGCGUCUCACUGUGUGUGACCACACUGGGAGGAGUCUCCAGGUGUAUCUAGACCUAGGCCACGCCCCCUACCCACCUGGCCUGUUGCCAGGCAACAAGCUGCUGCUGUCUGGUUUCCAGAGGAAGGUGUCCAGGUCAGGCAGCGUCUACUGCAGGUUUUUAUCCGUCAGCUCAGUGACCGUCGUCUCUCUGGGAGACUCCAGGUCCCAGCCACCUCCAGCUCCCAUAAUGCAUCUAGGUUCGUGGACAAGUAGUGAGCAGAGGUGCAUUGUGGGUCAGGUCAAAGGUCACGUGGUGUGUUUCCUGUUUCUGCAUCUGCAGUGGAGCUGCUCGCUCUGUGAAGGCCUGUACACACAGUCUUGUUCCAGUCCUCAGUGUGGAUCCAGUUCCUCUGUGUUUCAGUCCAAAGCCAAGCUGGUGAUCGAUGACGGGACGGGUGAGGCUCACGUCUGGGUCUCAGGUGAUCUGGUUCGUCCUCUGCUGGGAUUGGCUGAUUCUCAGUGGGAGGGGCUUCAAAGGGUCCUCAGGGUCAAAGGUCACGUCAGGGUUUACCCCCGAGGCCGCAGCCUGGUGAGCGACGGAGACUCUGACGACUUCCUCCUCCGCUUCCUGUUGAGCGUCUGCAGCAGUGAUGCUGUUUGUGGUCCCGUCUCUCUGACCUGCAGGAAGCUGAGCAACCUCAGACCGGAGGAGCUGAGGAGGUUCAGUCGAGGAGACAGAGACUUUGUGACCAGGAUGAGUCGUCCUCUGCAGCUCAGCUGUCUGAGCAUCACCUCGUCUGGUCUCACCUGACUCUGACUCAUCUGUGUCAGCUGUUUGUCAACAGCUAAAUGUUUGUUCUUCCAGACUGUGACAUGUUAAAUAUCAAUGAUUGUUAAUGUAAGUUAUUAAAGCUGAAUUCUGUCCGUUGUCACGUUAACCUCACAUCUUGGGUUUCAUUAAUAAAUAUGUGGAGGGUUUCUGUA